ACCCUCCCUACCUUUCCCCCCUCUCCCUCUGAUUGUCUCCAGCCCACCCCGGAGGAGAAAGAAAGAACCCUCCGCGGGCUCAACCCGUGCUCGCGUGCCGCUGCCGCCGCCGCCGCCACAGCCACGAGGACCCGGAACCCCUUCUCCCAGGUGCAAGAGCUCGAGGGGCGGCUGUCCCAGGUGCCUGCCGGAGCUCCGGCGCCGCCUGCACCCCUCUCACGGGCACUCUCCAACACCGGAGCUUGGAUACGACUCCAGCUCCACACCCCAGAGAAGGUCAGGCUCCCCGAUGAAGGAGCUCCACCCGGCCCUCGGGACUAGGGAAUGAGAAUUCUCCACAGGCAAUACUGUGGACGACCAAACUGACGCAAUAUCUUCGCUAGGCCUUCGCCUGUGGCGGGAGGGUGACGUCAUAUUACAGGGGCCGGGAGGCCCUCGUCCUUGACGUAGUAAGCAGGCGACAAGUCGGGGUGGAGCGGUAGGACGGAAACGGAAGCCGGAGUGGUGGUCGUCGGAGCCGUAGAAGAUGCCUAAAGUAAAAAGAAGCAGGAAAGCUCCUCCAGAUGGCUGGGAGCUCAUUGAACCUACCUUGGAUGAAUUGGAUCAGAAGAUGAGAGAAGCUGAAACUGAGCCUCAUGAAGGAAAGAGGAAAGUAGAAUCUCUCUGGCCCAUCUUCAGGAUCCAUCACCAGAAAACAAGAUACAUAUUUGACCUCUUUUAUAAGAGGAAAGCCAUAAGUAGAGAAUUGUACGAAUACUGUAUUAAAGAAGGUUACGCAGAUAAGAACCUGAUUGCCAAGUGGAAAAAACAAGGCUACGAAAAUCUGUGCUGCCUCCGUUGCAUCCAGACUCGGGAUACCAAUUUUGGUACCAACUGUAUAUGUAGGGUUCCAAAAAGCAAGUUAGAAGUGGGGCGGAUCAUUGAGUGUACCCAUUGUGGCUGCCGAGGAUGCUCUGGUUGACAGGUUUAAAAGUGAUGGACCCACAGAUUCCAUUCUGGCUUAUUUUUAUUGUUCCUCUCCAUGGGUAGCUGUUAAAAGUGGAACACUUUUCCCUGGAUAACUCUUGCUCUCCAAAGCUACAACCUGUGACUGGAGCAUGGUGGCAAAUGAAAGACUGUGUUAAUCAGCUGUAAUUAUCUGUGAUUUAAAAAUAAAACCUUUAACCAUUGGUAA